AUGUUUAAUAAUUUGACAGCACCACCCUCAUCAACACAAUCAUCUAUAUCACCAGCGCCUGUAGGGGGAGGCCUUCAUCAACAACCACCUCCACCGCAGACGGACAUCUACGCUCUUUUGUCUACGGACGACGCUGUGCAUUUGGAUGACGAUGAUGCCAACAUUGACACCGAGGCAUUGGUGAUGAACAUGUUUGACACAUCUUUUCCAGAUAACAAACAUUCAUCAGCAUCAGCUAAUGGAAGCAACAAUCAAUCAUUUCCUACACCUCCUCCUGCUGUAUCGAAUAGCACAGCAAAGCAGUUUAGUUUUGAUCAAGACUUUCUAAACUUGGACCUAACUAGAUCGCAACCAUCACAUCAGCAAGUACAGGAAGCGCAGAGCCAACAGCCUCAAUAUACCCCUUCAUCUGAAAUCAGUAUAGAUUCCUUAUUUUCUCUUAAUUAUCAGCCAGAACCAAAUCCAGUGUUCUCGACCCCAUUUGCAAGCAACAACAUAGAUUUUACCAGACGACAUUCAGUCGCAGUAAGCGGUGGCAUUGCUGACUUCAACCUCCGUAAUUUAUCUCAAAACAUGACAUUCAAUCAACACCUACAAGCACAUCAACCACCACCACAGCAACAGCAGCAACAACCGCAACAGAGGUAUCCAUCUCAUCCAGCACAACAAACUUUCAAUAAUCAACAACCACCGCCUAUUUUUGCUAGAAAAACUCAUCAACAUUUGGCCACUGUUGUUGAAGGCGAGGCCCCUACUCCUGUCCCUAAUAUGUCACAUAGAGCAUCCAUGCCAAACAUCUUUUUGUCUGAAGAGUCUCGACGCAGAUUGACCAGCAGUAUCCAGCAGCGAGUUGAAUCUCUCUCGGCAAGAACAACCCCUAGUAAUACACCGCCUCCAGUGUCCAUUAAUUUCAAUCAAAUGCCAUGGUCAACACCAACUAAUACUACCAAUGCUACCGAAAGUAGAAGCAACACAAAUUCUCCCAGUCAGCAGUUUCAGGAUUGGAACAGAAAUCAAGAAUUCCUGUCUCCUGUGCCUACACCAGCAGCUGAAGAUCGUCCUCUUGUUGGCCGUAAGCGAUUUUACUCUCAACAGUUUGAUUCGUUUCCUACAAACAAUGUUUCUGCUGCCAUGAAUGUGCCUUUCAAUGCAGCUCCUGCGUUCGGCCAUCAGUUGCAACAACAGCAGAGUCAACAGCAAAUAAGCAGCAAUUUAUGUCCUUUGCCCAUGUCAGGCAUCAUGAGUAGACGUGCUAGCGUGGCAACGCCGCAUGAUAUCUCUACUUGGAAUCGCAUGGUCGACUCUAAUGAUCGUAUCACUCUAGAUCAGCAGCAAGAAAGAAAGCGCCAAAAGCAGGUUCCCUUGGCUAGAAAUGAAGAUACAAGCAAGGAUGCCUUCUUAUACCAACAAAUGGGCCACCAGCAUCAUCAACAUGAAGUUGCAGUCAAGCAAGAGGAAUACGCCGACAAGUCUGAAAAUACUUCACUUAAUGGCAGUGUUACCGCAGUGGAAGAAGCUACGCCCACAAAGGCUCCCGCAACAUCUGAAGAAGAGGACUAUCCAGUGAUUACUGAAGCCGAUUUGGAAGCAGCCAAGAAGGACGCCAACGCUAUUCCUCGUCGUCAAAAGUUGCGUUACGAAGGCGAUGAAUAUACCCCUAAAUGGGUUCGAUAUACAGGUCAAUUGAAGGAAGGUUACUGUGAUACUUGCAAACCAGGAAAGUGGCUCCAGUUGAAGAACAGCGCGUUCUGGUAUCACAAACAGUUUUUCCAUGGUAUCUCUUCUGUUUCCGGGAAGCCAUUCCAAAGACCCUUGGAACAAAGAGCUGGUGAGCAUGAUGUGAUUGAGGGUUUAUGUCACCAAUGCAAACAAUUUGUUCCCAUCUGUAAUUCGAAACGCAAAAAUAGUGUUCUGUGGUACAGACACGCACACAAGUGUCAUAUUUAUGAUAAACCUAAGCCAAAAGGCGGAAAAAGAGCUUCAAUUUCCGUUGGCUCCUCUAAUAAGAAAUUUAAUACGACUGAUCAAUUGCAAAAGAUUUAUUAA